AUGGGCUCCUCUUGGGCACCCCGGACAGGGCGUGUGGGCGGGCAUGGGGUGAUGGCACUGCUGCUGGCUGGUCUCCUCCUGCCAGGGAGCUUGGCUAAGAGUAUCGCGACCUUCUCAGAUCCCUGUAAGGAUCCCACGCGUGUCACCUCCCUUAACCACCCCUGCCUCGCUGGGAAGGGCGGCUCCAGCAGCUCCAGCAGCUCCAUUUCCAGCUCCGGUGGCUCCAGCGGUGGGUCCAGCGGUUCUGGCACCUCCAGCGGUGGGUCCAGCGGAUCCAGUGUCGCCCAGGGUGGUUCUUCAGGAUCUUCAUUAUUUAAGCCAGGAACAGGAUAUUCCCAGAGCAGCUAUUCCUCCGGGUCCGGCUUCAGUCUACAGGGUGCAUCUGGCUCCUCCCAGUCUGGAAGCAGCAGCUCUCAGUCAGAGCUCGUCAACUACCAACCAGGGCAUGGCUCUGCUCUGCCAACCAACGCCAAUUCUUCCCCCGCGGGAGGCUCUUCCCAGCCUAGAGAAAGCUCUUCCGUUUCCCAGAGCUCCGGCGCAUUGAGCAGCAGCGGCCAGAGCGUCAGCUCCAACCUGCGUCCCUGCAGCUCAGACGUCCCCGACUCGCCCUGCAGCGGAGGGCCCGUCGUGUCGCACUCCGGCUCCUACAUCUCCAGCUCCCACUCGGUGUCGGGGGGCCAGCGGCCUGUGGUGGUGGUGGUGGAGCAGCACGGCUCUGGUGGCCCCGGAGUGGUUCAAGGUGCCCCCUGCAGCAGCGGUGGCCUUCCAGGCAAGCCCUGCCCCCCCAUCGCCUCUGUGGACAAGCCCUACGGUGGCUAUGAGGUGGUGGGUGGCUCCUCCGACAGCUAUCUGGUGCCAGGCAUGACCUACAGUAAGGGCAAAAUCUACCCUGUGGGCUACUUCACCAAAGAGAACCCUGUCAAAGGCUCCCCCGGUGUCCCCUCCUUUGCAGCUGGGCCCCCCAUCUCUGAGGGCAAAUACUUCUCCAGCAACCCCAUCAUCCCCAGCCACAGCUCUUCCGGUUCCAGCGUCCACCCGGCGGGAGCUUCCUCUGCCAUUGUGUUCCAGCCAGUGGGCACUGGCGGGGUGCAGCUCUGCGGCGUUGGCUCCACGGGCUCCAAGGGGCCCUGCUCCCCGUCCAGUUCUGGAGUCCGCAUCACUUCUAGCAUCUCCAGCAGCUCCGGCUCUUCCUACCACCCCUGCGGUGGCGCUUCCCAGGGGCCCUGCUUGCCCCCAGGCCCCGGCUCCUUCAGCGGCAGCUCCAGUUCCCAAUCAGGUGGCAAGAUCAUCCUUCAGCCCUGUGGCAGCAAGUCCAGCUCCUCUGGCCACCCUUGCCUUUCUGCCUCCUCCUCGACGCUGAGUGGGGGUCCCGAUGGCUCUCCCCAACCUGAUCCCUCUGCUGGUACCAAGCUCUGUGGCUCCGGCAGCUCUGGAAGGACCCCCUGCCGCUCCAUCCGGGAUGUCCUGGCCCAGGUGAAGCCUUUGGGGCCCCAGCUGGCUGACCCAGAAGUUUUCUUACCCCAGGGAGAGGUGCUGGACAGUCCAUAG